UGCUGAUUGUUCAGUAGAAGGUGGACUGGUGUGUGUCAACAAUGAACAAAAACCAGGUUCCCGAUGUCUUGACUAUGAAAUUAGAUUUCUCUGCCCAAAGUAUACCCCAACAGCGUCCUGGUCUUCAUGGAUAGACAGAGAUGAUGCUAGUGGCACUGGUGAUUGGGAGGAUAGGGUGAUGCACCCAAUAGCAAUAGAAUGCAGGACAGUAGGAACCCAUAUUCCUGCUUCGAGGACUAACCAGGUGUUUAUGUCAACAGCUGACUGCUCAGUUCAAGGGGGACUCGUGUGUCAGAACAGUGAUCAGAAUUAUGGCUCUAGAUGUCUGGACUAUGAAGUGAGAUAUCUUUGCCCAAAAUAAGGAAAGAGAAAUAUCAAAACAACAGACAUUGAAAAGAACCACUUG